UUUCUUCUUUUCCUUGCAGAUACUUCAUACGAGAAGGCUUGUAGGCGUGGCUCAGCUCCAGCGACACCCAUAUUGGGUCAAAAACAACAACAACAAGAACAUAAUACAACAUCAAGAUUUACGAAUUUCUUUUCGAAACGAUCAAAUCCCCUUAAACGUACAAAAUCAGUUACCAAAUUGGAACGCACCAAAAGAGGCUCGGGCGGCUUGCGCGGCUCGCGUUCACAUGAGAGUUUGCUCUCCAGUCAUGCAGUCAUGUCUUCGAUCGAUCUCUCCUGCACCGGCGCCGUUGGCGUUGCGCCAGUACAUCAGUCAGUACUCGGCCGUCGACAUUGUUUCCAAGUGCGCGGAGGUCCGCGUGGUGAGCGUUACUACGCCUGCGGCUCGCGGCAAGAACGCGAUCUCUGGAUAUACUCAUUGCGUAAAUCCAUCUCGCCCAAUGCCGACCACACGCGUCACACAGACAAUUCGCUAAAGAUGUGGAUCUACGAAGCGAAGAAUUUGCCACCAAAGAAGAAAUAUUUCUGCGAGCUACACCUCGACAAGGCCUUGUACGGCCGCACCAGCGUAAAACUACAAACGGACUUGCUUUUCUGGGGCGAAUACUUCGAUUUUCCCGAUGUGCCCGACAUCAAUGUGAUCACAGUGAAUGUUUUCCGCGAGGUGGAGAAGAAGAAGAAGCGCGAUAAGCAUAUGUUUGUCGGUUCAGUAAAGAUACCCAUACAUGAGGUUACCUCCCGCAUAUUUUCAGAGGACUGGUAUCCCAUACUCAGUGAGAAGUCCAAUGACAGCUUGAACCGCAAUGGCAAGGAAGUGACACCCACGCUGCGCAUUAAAUGUCGCUUCCAAAGCACCGACAUACUGCCGAUCAAUGUUUAUGCAGACUUUUUGGAAUAUCUGAAGAAUAAUUACAAGCGCGUUUGCGAAACGCUCGAGCCGGUAAUAGGCGUUAAAGCCAAAGAGGAUAUCGGGCAGGCGCUCGUCUUGCUAAUGCACGCGCAAGGACUAGCAGGCGCCUUUCUAACCGAUGUCGUAGCGUUGGAUCUACUGCGAGUUGGCGAUCAACGGCUCACAUUCCGCGGUAAUUCGUUGGCGACCAAGAGCAUGGAAGCUUUUCUCAAACUCACAGGCGAACAGUAUUUGCAGGACACGCUAUCGGCGCCAAUCAACGAGAUCAUACAAUCCGAUCGCGACUGCGAAGUGGAUCCGACAAAGGCGAGCGGUUCGCUGCAACGACAGCAGGCUUCACUGCGCGCGGCAGUACGCAGUGCCUGGCAAUGCAUCUACGAGUCACACAAACAUUUUCCUCAGCAGCUGCGCUCGUGCUUUGCAACCUUUCGCGAGCGCUUGCAACAGUUGGGUCGGCUGGAUAUGGCAGAUAAUUUGAUAUCGGCAUCCAUAUUUCUGCGCUUCUUGUGCCCAGCGAUACUGUCGCCCAGCUUGUUCAACAUUACCAAUGAACUCCCUUCCGCGCGCGCUACUCGCAAUCUGACGCUCGUCGCUAAGACACUCCAAACGCUGGCGAACUUCACACGCUUCCAGGGCAAGGAAAGCUUCAUGGAAUUUCUCAACGAUUUUCUCGAGCAGGAGGCGCCACGCAUGAAGGAAUUCCUCCAACAGAUCUCUACGCGCCCUGAGCACGCUCCGCCUGAGUCCAUACUCGACUGGGCGGGCUACAUCGAUCAGGGCAAACAACUUUCCAUUUUACACAUACUGCUCACUGAGAGCAUCAGCAAGCUACCAGAGGCGCGGCAGCAUGAGCUCGACCCACUACAGCACAUCAUAGAUGAGAUUAGUAAAGCCAAAGAGAGCAACAACUUCUUGCAACACAUGCCGCAUAUGUGUUCCACCUCGCACACGCCCACUGAGAAUCAGGAGAACCGCAAUCCCGAGGAUAUGGCAAUGCAGGUGCAACAACAUCAACAACCGAUACAACACCAAGCACAGCUGGCGCAACCCCAGCAUGCAGUCGUCACAAAACCCAUGCCAGCGGAACGAGGCAUCAUGCGCGGCGUCUUGACGCCUAGCUCGCUUGAGAAGAACAUCUUCCGCUAUAACGACCCCACAGUGAAUGCGCUACUGCAGCAGCAGCAACAACAACAACAGCAUCAGCAGCAACACCACGCGCAUGCGCACUCGCAUCAGCUGCAGUCACAGAUUUCCAUGGGCAGCAAUAGCGGUCUCGACAAACGACACUCAAAUUCGCAGAGCUCCAUCGCGGGCGGCUACAUGAGCACUCAGUUGCAGCACGCGCAAUCGCAGAGUUCGCUAGCCUCUUCAUCGUUGAAUGGUGGUGGCGGUGGCAGCAGUCACAAUUUGCUCGUCUCGGCCAACGUGCAGCAUCAUUGCCCGCCCGCACCUGCCGCUAGCGCCAACAACACCAUUGAACGCUUGCUCAUCGGUGGCGGCGGUGGCAGCGGCAACGCGCACUACUACGGCCUCAUGGGCUCCAGCAAUGGCAACAUGUCCUCCUCGCUGGCCAGUAGCAGCAAUUUGAGCAGCCACAAUGGCAAUGAGAGCGACGGAAAUGCUGCCAGCAUGCUGCGCGCCACUACGCUGCCACGCGGCAACAAUAAUAAUUACGACGAGCUAGCCAAUGGCGAGUUCAUACAAAUUUCCGGCUUGGAUACGAACAGCGCCUUUGUGCGUAAGUCACCAACGCCACUGCUGAAGGGCAAUGCAGCGCUGUUGCAGCAACAACAAACCGCCGCGCAGCAGCAGCGACAAAAGUUACAUAAUUCGAAUGUUAGCCUAGUGCUGAACGAGCGCGCGCCAAGCAAACUGAAUUUGGGCAUACCUGAUCAUAGCGGCGCCUCGACUCCGCAUGCACACAAGCUGCCAGCAUACCAAAGACCGCCACCCGCAACAGGCGCACAUGUGCAUGCCGCGCGCGACUCUAAUCCGCACCCUAAUAUGCCAAUGAAUCUAGAGGACCUGGACGACCUUUUCAAGUACGCUGAGGAGCAUGCGGUUGUGGGUGAAGUUGUAUCCGCGGGCGCACAUGUGCCGCAGCAAGCGGGUGGCCAGCUGAAGAGCGUACGCGAACAGCUAUCGGCUAAGAGCAGCCACUGCUCGUCUGGCUAUCAGAGCAUCACCACCAAUCCGCCGUCACAGUCGUCGAGCCCCACUGAGGUGCAGCAGCAGCAACAGCUGCAGCAGCAAAAAAAUGGUGCCAAUGCGCCGUUGGCAUUCAAGAAUCCCACUUACCAGCUGCAGCAGCAGCAGUCUGCUGGGAGCGCAACGCCCGCACAUCAUCACCACCACCAUCACCAUCAUCAGCGUGUCAACUACAGCAGUGGAUUCCAUGCCGGUGGUGGUGGUGGCAGCAACGGCCAACAGCAAUCCGCGCACCAACAGCUCUUCGGCUCAAAUGCCGCGCAGCGUCCCAAGGGUUUAGUAGCUGCGCGUGCCGCGCUUUUGAAUAACGGCGGCACGUUGACGCCGUCUUCCUCUGAAGAGCGUCUCUCCACAGACAAUUUUCAUGGCUAUGGCGGGAAUACCAAAGUAAUGAAAUCGCCUUCACAUGGCCACUUGGAAGCGCAGCGCUCACUCAGCGGCGGUAGUAGCUCAUCGUCCUCGGGAGCCAAUGGGGGCAUGGGACCGAUUUCAAUACAGUCGUCGGCAAGUGGUGGCGGUCGCGUGCCGCGCACCAAUCCGCAAUUCAAGCGCGAGGAUAUUUACGCUCCGCUGAAUGGAAGUAGCGGCAGUUACAUGCCAGCAGCAGUAGCAGCUUCCACCGCAGCGAGCGGACUCUUCAGCAACAAUGGCUUCGGUAAGUCAGGUGGCGGCGGCGGUUUGGUGCACAGUGGCGCGAAUUUGGGUGGACGCUUUCAGCGGCGCUUGAGUUUGGACUCGGCACGCACACUGUCCGAUAGCUCUACGGACACAGAGGGUCACUGCGCGCCACAUGAGGGCAAGCGCCGUCGUCAGCCACGCGCCCAUACCACCUCUAGCAGUCAUCAGCAGCACAUCGCGGCCGCUGGCAAUAGUAGUACAGGUGGCAGUGCUGGCAGCGCAAAUAGCGGCAGCUUUGAUCAGAAUGGUGAAAUACAGCUGCUACAGGAAACUUUAGACACGCUGCGCCACACGCUCGAUCGCGACGAGGCAGAGCUGCGCGACUCUAGCGAUGAGUUAUUCGGGCUCAAUCGACACAACAGCGCCAAUGGUGGCAGCGGCGGCAGUGGAGUGAGCAACUUGAGCAUGCAAUCGGAGUCGACAAUGCGCAGUAUUAUCGAUAGGCUCAUCACCAUGGAGGAGGAACUGCGACGCGAACAGUUGAAGAUGUCGCUCGCCUUGUCGCACAAGCAGCGCGUCAUCGAGGAGCAGGGUCAGCAAAUUGCCGCGCUAGAUGCGGCUAACAGUCGGCUGCUGAGCGCACUCACAGCGCUGCGGCAACGCUAUGAAACGCAGCAGCAGGCGCAGCAGCAAGCGAAUUUGGCAAGCAGCGGAGGCGCACAGCAGCAACAACAAGCGCAGUAAAUAUUUGAAGGCGGAUAGCGCGUAAAGAAGUCGUUUUAGUGGUAGCAGGAAAAGGAUAUAUAUAUAUAAUUUUUAAUUGAAUACAUUAAAUUAUUAAUGCAUAUGUAUGUACGUAGUUGACGCCGCAGUGUAUACGCGGCAACAUGACACAAAGAUUAAAGUAGUGUAGAUUAAAAACAAAAUAUUGUAUUUAUAAAAAAAAGGCAUUAAGCUUUCAAAUCGCGCGCUAGGUUUGAAGAAAACAUUAAAAGCUUAAAAAUUGUUUUUUCAUGCGUUGGUUGCUUAUCAUAUUAUAUUUUGUUGCAAAAUUUUUUACUUUUUUUAAAUAAAAAAAUUUUUCAUUUUAUUUUUUUUUCCAAAAUUAAAUUGUUAAAUAAAAUAUUCAGAAGAACUGCCAGUUGGUAUUGCCGAUUUGGUUUUAAAGUUUAUUUUCAAUGAAAAUUCGAUGUUUUCAUUUUCAUUUUUUUAUCAGUUGUUAAGCUUUUAAAAAAAUUCCAAUUUUACAAAAAAAAAAGAAAUUUGUUCUUUACGCAGUUUUUAUUUUUGCUGUGCUCUCUACGACCUCUCUGCAUUUUUUCCUAAUAUUAAUACCUUUGUUUGUAUUUAAAAAAAAAUAUGAAUUGAAAAUUUGUAUAAUCCAAAAAU